AUGGGCAACGAUCACUCCAUCGCGAUGCGGCAGGGGACACAAGGCAGGGGUAUCAUUGGCUGCGGGAUGAGCAGCCCCGGACUCUUGAGCAUGACGGCGGCCAAGGCCGAGCCAAUGCCCCAUGGAGGCCAAAACAUUCGCCAUGUCGAAGCUUCGGUCAAUGCUUUGGCUGAUGGCACUCGACUUUGCUGGUACUGCUUUCGCUGCUUGUGCUGCUUGUGUCCCCAGUCCAAAGGAUCAAUAUUCGCUUUGCUGGGCGCUUGUCCCAAGAGAGUACUCAACCCAGACUCCAAUAUCGAAUGUUGCUUUAUUGAUACCGCCAUCAAUGUUCCACGAACCGUGUGGCGUCGACAUGGGGCUGGGUGUGGCGACAGCAACAUUUCACACGAAAUGCUUAUCAUCAGAACUGUGGGGAGCAUCCGCAUUGGAGACAUGAGUUACUCGUACCGUGUUAUGAAUGAUUGCCUCAGGAACAGGGAGACGACAAUAUCCUCUCCCUUAUCAUCAUUUUAUCCCACUGCAAGCUAA